AUGAAUGCUGCCCACGUCCCCGUUCUUGCACAUAAUGAUAAAGCAAAGGUUCUCGCUGUGUACUCGCGUUCGCAGACCUCUGCAAACUCAGUGGUGGAGGCACUACACAGCACCAGCACGGCUGGAACCUCUGCUACCAUCGAUGUAUAUUCUGAUGAGAAGCCAGGGUAUGGGCUUGACGAGCUUCUCCAGCGCGCCGACAUCGAAGCAGUUAUUGUGGUUCUCCCCAUCCUCGUCCUGCCAGCCGUCGUCCGCAAAUGUCUCGCUGCAGGCAAACAUGUCCUGGCCGAAAAGCCCAUUGGACCGGACGUAGCAGCCGGCCGCGCCCUCAUCGCCGAGUACGAAAGUACCUAUGCGCCGCGCAACCUGGUGCUUUCCAUCGCAGAGCAGUUCCGCUACGAAACCGCCUUGAUCAGAGCGGGCGAGCUCAUCGCCGGCGGCAAGAUCGGCGAGCUGCAUCAUGUCCACGGGCGCGUCGCGACCACCAUGGCUCCAGACAACAAGUUCUGCAAGACCGCAUGGCGCGCGACGCCGGGAUACCAGGGCGGGUUCGUCCUGGACGCCGGCGUCCAUUUCGUGGCGCUGAUGCGCAUGGUUGCGGGACAGGAGAUUGUCGAGACCACGAGCUUCACGGCGCAGUUCGCGCCACACCUGUCGCCUGUCGACACGGUGAACGCUGCGCUGAAGUUCUCGGGGGGUGCGCAGGGCACCUUUAGCAUGUCCUUUGCUGCCGCAACGUUCGUUGCGGAUUUCAUCUUCAUCGGGACCGCUGGGAUGUUGACUGUCAAGCGUGCGGUGCAUGAAACCACGGUUCGUGUGGAUGGGCCCGAUCUCAAGCCGGUAUCUGAGGAAGUCUUCAAGGCAGAUGGGAUGAUGAAUGAAAUCAGUGCCUUUGUACAGGCGGUUGCUGCUCGCACGGGGGAUAAAGCUGCGAGUCCCCGUGAGGCUCUGGCUGACGUUGCAGUGAUUGAGAGCAUAUGCUCUGGUGGUGGGCAUGUGCAGUCUCAUGGGAUUGAUAGCUAA